ACCGUCAGAGGCUGGCUGCAUGAAUGCUGGAGCUGGAUGGAGAGCAAAACAACUAGAAUUUAAAAAACACAUAUCUUUUACGCGCCUUACUGUGUGAGACUUAAGGAAUUACGGUAGUAUUGACUUCAACUCUAUUUCACACAUUGUACCAUCAGGAUCGGGAUCAUAGAUAUUAUUAACUGUUCCAGUGGGACUACAGGGAGGAGUGUACGACGCAGCUGAACUGAGUGAGGUGCAUCUUCAGACAUUCUUUAGUACGAUCUUGUGCUAACUGUACACCAGGCGAAAGCUGUUGAAAGUCAUAACGUUUAAGGAGGUCCAGAGGACAGUGACUCAGAUUGUUACUGUUUUAAACAGCGUCAUCAGUCAUCAUAGCAUACCAAUUUGAAAGAGUUACCAAUAUGGAUCGGUUAUGGACAUCUGUUACACUCGGUGUUUUCUUAGCAUGUUUGCCAUAUACUAUUGUAGAUGCUGUUGGACCAAGUGACACGGCAGCCUUGCGUGGUGGUGCGGCCACUCUGACUUGCAGUAACCCUGCGUAUACUUCACCAAGUUCUGGUGCUGCUUUUUGGGAAGAGGGUGGAACACCAUUCGGUACCCAGCAAAAUGGAAUUUACACUGCACCUGAAUUUGCUAAAUACACGAAUUUUGACAUAGUGUCGACUGAGUAUCCCCAGAUGGACCUCACAGUUAGCAAUGCUCAGGUUGAAGAUGAAGGAACGUACACAUGCACCUUGCAAUCAGAUCAAGGAUCAGCAACUUUGACUGUUGAAAUUGAAGGUAAUGAACCUACCAUCACACUGAACAGUGAUCCAUCAGUGACUCCUAUCAGACUGAUAGCAGGAGUGGAAAGUGUACUGAGAUGCACAGCGAGCGGCUUCAGACCGGCAGUCAAUCUAGAAUGGUACAAAGAUGACGUCAAAAUCACAGCAGGUAUCACUGAGGAUCCAGCCACUAGUAAUGGAGAUACCUUCACUACGGUGGGCACUUUGACAUUCACUCCAACAAUUCCAGAUGAUGGAGAUCGUCUAGAAUGCCGCACAACAGGACAGGUGGUCGCCACAGCAAAAACUGGAGCGCUCACUCUCAGUGUACAAUUUGUACCUGUUGUCACAGUAGGCUACAGCGGUGGUCAGAUAACCUGCUCAUCAGAAGCCAAUCCAUUGGCCACAACUCAUCAGAUCAUUCGGAAUGGCACCGACGUUCUGAAGGAAUUCACCAACAGUCCAGGAUCUGUGGAAUUCACACCGAAGUAUUGCGCUGUAAUCAGUUGUAACGCUACAAACACAAUUGGAACAGGAACAGACACGUUUGCCGAUCAAAUAUGCCCAGUUAUCCCUGAUGAAACUACAACAGAAAUGCCAAGUACCGGCUAUGUUGAACCCACGACUCCGGCACCACCUAAACCAAGUGAACCUACACCAAAGCCCACUGUCGGUUUGGAUGCAGGCAUCAUUGCAGCAAUCGCCAUCGGUUGCCUGAUUGUUGUAGCCCUAGUGAUUGGUGGAAUCGUUUAUUGUUACACGCAAAAGAAAUUCUGCUUCGAUUCGAACAAGACUUCAAACGGUGGUUCCUCGCCCAAGAAGCAGCCCUCGGUAGUUAACGCAGACAUGAUCCGCAACCAGCCCGAGGUCCGACAGAGCGUCCACAACUAUGACGACGAACCAAAAAAGCCCCGCGUGCCGCGUAGCAACUCGGGCAAGCCGGCGCCCGAGAAGGAAGCCCUGAAGCAGAGUGCGCCCCCUACUGACAAUGACCACCAGGGGUACCCUAUGGACUCGUACGAUGGUGACCCACAGGAAGGUAGAGGCCAAGCCGGUGUAAAUUACGCUGACCUGCAGUUCCAGAACAGAGAUAGGCCGACAAACGGGCACGGAAAAAUCCACCAGUCUGAUGAGGAACCCACGCAGUAUGCAUCCAUCCUCGUCUAACAUCGCCGUCCCUCCUGCGACAAAGUGUAGAGGUCCAUGUGUUUGUUUGAAUUGGGGAGAGACCAUGUUGCAGCUGUAGACUCAAAAAGAGGUGGUAUGACAUGAUUUGGGGAUGUUUUAUUGUUUGUUUUAAAUCACUUUGACAACGCAUGAAAUCAUAAUGUACAACCCUUUUAAGAUGUAAAGAUCGAAGAUUGUUUUUAAAUUAGUGAUCAGACCAUUGUGAAAAUUGGGGGUGUGGUGAUUACAUGGAAAUUGACACAAGGAGGUGGCUGAUAAUGUUGCCAAUGAUUAGUGUCCCAAAUUGAUGAACAUCAAUGAUAACACCCCUCUGUUACAACGGACUAGCCUUUGGUUUUCCUUCAAUUUUACAAAUCGUUCCGUCAGUGCAACAAGGUCGUAACUCCAUCCUGCAACAAAGUCAUCUCGCGCAAAUACGCUCUGUGUAACAAGGUCAUAUCUCGACGUCCAUUGACUUUCUGUGGGUACAUACCGGUUAUUUUAAGUGAGAUACGACCUUUUGACAUUCUGAAACCUACGUUUCACGUACGGAAAUACGACCUUGUUACACGUACACGACGAAAUAUGAACAGCAUGAUACAAACAUCAAGUACGCAUAUUGAAAUUAGCAUCUUAACUUUUAUAAGUGAUUUGAUUUAAUGACGCAAUGAUACAUUUAAAAUGCACCAUAAAUUUUCUGUGAAUGUGGUUGUGUAUAAUGGCAGACAAUGCACCUGCCAAAAAUUACACACUGUCUUGCAUAUACAUGUAAUUAAAUCAUCCCCACCAUUCUACCCCCGACCGUGCCCCCCCCUACUCCCCACCAUACCCCAUAUUCCCCAUCCUCCCCUUACCUGUACCCCCAAACCUACAUGUAUACCCUCCCCCACCCGUUCCCUCUUCCUAACCCUUACCUAACUCCUUGUUACUCAUCCCCUUGUUAUCCCACCCCACCCUCCUACACCCCACUCCUCCUACACCACACCUCUCUUACACCACAUCACUUCCCCCACCUCUUCUGCCCCUCCAAAAUAUCCACAUUUUUGAGUUGGUUUACAUUCUUAGCAAAAGAAAAAACACAGUUUCAACCUAGUCUAAAAAUAAAAUGGCCUCAAAGGCUCAAUGUACUGGGAUUGCAUUAACUGAAUUGUACAUGUAGUCUUACUUGAUAUAAACUUGUGCAAAACUUUCAUCGUGCCCACCGUAAAACUGCCAUGUUCAGUUUUGCAAAACGUCCUACAUUGCAAAAUAAUUAACAUUGCCCAUGCUAACUAAUGCAACUAAGUGAAGACAUACAAAGUCGUUUCGAGCUACCCAAUGAUUUGGAAAUGGAUACUCCAGCCUAAUUUUUUUCAUCUUUCAUGUUAUUAUUCCUUCAUACCACCAUAGAUGCAUACAAUCUGUAGAUAUACUUUUCUUCAAUGAAGACUGGACAAUGGAUUCACUCUCUUAAGAUGUAAAUACUUUUCAUUUUUUUUCAGCAUUUCAUGAAGAUCAAAUUGUUUAUAAAUAAUUGGUCAAGAAACUUCUCGAAUGUAAGAAAAGUUCCACAGUUUGUAUUUUGCCUGUAAUUUGCAAAUGUUGCUGUUAAAGCUACUGUUAAAAAAAAAUUGCUUCGAAAAAGAUGUUUUUGGGUUGGAAUGUUUGAGAUUGCGUUUGUGAUUUGGUGCUUAAAAACGAGAAAGGGUCAAAAGGUUUUUACAAUUUUGGUGUUUAUUCGGAGUUGAUAACACUGUUCGUCUGAAGUAACUGUACAAAUCUCUCACUCACUGUAUAAAUAUUCAUUAGAUGAUGUCACAUUGAUGAGUUAUAUCGUAAAUAAUUGCCGUAAUUGGUCUUUGUUAUGGUAAUAAUGGUAAUACAAAAAUGGGUAAUACAUGUAGUUAUGAGAGUCAGGUGGGCCAAUAUUCAAAUUGUGAUUGGUCAUGCUGUUGUAUAGAGAAUCACGUGUUUAUACUCCUGUUCAUGUAGGGAGCCUUGUGCUGAUGAAUAUUCAUAGUGUAUCAUUAGCAUAUUUUGAGUUCACCAAUCAGAAUAUUAUUAAUAUUAUGUAGGGAGCCUUGUGCUGAUGAAUAUUCAUAGUGUAUCAUUAGCAUAUUUUGAGUUCACCAAUCAGAAUAUUAUUUUAUUCAUUACACAGAGAGCUUUAUUUGAAUAAUAUGAACUGAGCAGUAUGUGUAACAACUUAAGAUUAAAAGGAGGCUGUAGUUUGACAUGUGACCCCAUUUAAGCAGACAUUAUUUCGAAAGGGUAGGAACAAAAUGUUUAAAAAAAAAUGAAGGGGAAAAAAAAAAAAAAAAAAAGCUAAACUGUGGACUGGAAUAGUAUUCUGUAUCCAACUGCUAUUUUUAAAGCUAUUUUCAUACUAUAAAAUGAUGUCCAAUGUCAAAAUUUAUUUUUUAGAAACUGUAUGGUCCUUAUAAUUUGUUAAAUAAAAUGUAUGUGUAGAUUGAAUGUGUCUGAAUGUGUAUCGUCCCCUUUGGAAGGCAAACAUUUAUAAACAAGUGCCAUGGUAACACAGUUUUGAUGUCACAUAACAUCCGAAGGCAGGAUUUUAAUCAUUGUACUCAGUUGCAAUUUUGUUUUCACUUUUAGAUGUCUUUUACACAUUAACUGCAUACAAAAGCUUUAUGCCGUAGUACCGUAGUUUGUACAUGUAUAUAAUUGGACCUACAUGUAUGGUUAUUUCUUCAACCGUGUAUGUCACUUGUCACUUGGUGUCACCGCAGUGUCACUAAUCUGCCUCUGUGAAAAUUUAACUUUCUCACCCAAUAGGUUUCCCAAACUAGGUAUUCUAAUGUCAUGUCAGGUUGUGUCCUUUGGUUUGACUGUCUACCAGUCAAUCUGUCACCCUGUUUGCCAAUCAAACACUUCAACGUGCCACCCUGUAGUCACUGGCCACCAGACAUGGCACCUUGUAUUGUUGGCUGCCCGAUGUGUUGCCUUGUUCUGAUUUGUCACUGUGCCAUUGUCUUACUGCCUACCUGAUGUGACAACCUCUGUCAAAAUGAUAAUGUGUAUUUUUAAAGCACACGCAUCUACAUGAACCAGUAUUGGUGUUCAAGGUGUAACAUCGUUAUAAGGGCAAAUGAAACAUUCCAAAGACAAUCUCAGCUCCUUGGGGAGAAUAGAGCUUGAUGCCAUUUCGGUGCAAAGCAGCCAAAAUCAACCGGACAUGGCACUCAGUAUUAUCGUCCAUCUGAUGUGUUACUUUGUCCUGAUUUGUCACCGUCACAGUCUCACUGGCUACCAGACACUAUGUGCCAUGUCUGGCAGCCAGUGACUAUGGGGUGGUAAGUUGAAGUGUGGCGUUGACAAGCAAAACUAUGACAAGCAACACUAUGUCUCUUUGCAGAUGGAAAACAUGUCAUUUGCGACACUGUCCACCAUUCUCAAUAUCCUGUCCUGAUUGUCUACCUUGCUCGCCCUCUAUCUGUCACCCAGUGUGACUGUCACCCAGUGUGACUGUCAUUAGGGCAUGUCACCAAGUCAUGAUUCAACUGUCGAUCCUCUUAACCUUCUCAGUCUGACAAACUAACCCCUUGUGUCCGGUGCUUGCCUUGUCACAUGUCCAUAGCAUCAGUUUAUUGUACAAAUGACAAAGUAGCUUUUAGCAUUUUAAUUUUACCAAUAUAUGUAUUUAGCUUCACUGCUGCCUUUAAUGGAAUAUACAUACUUUAUUUGCGUAAUCCUUUUGCACGUGUAAAUAUAGAGUUAAUUUAAAUUGAUUUUUGAUUUUUGUAUUAUAAUGUUCAGAAUUGUAACCGAGACCAAAACGAGUCAAUCACAAAUCAGGUCACAAGCAGUCACGUGGCCUGAGACUGGAUGACUUUGUGAUUUACUUGUGACUGAUUGACAACUCUACUGAUAUUAUUCCAUCCAUUGUCUGUCACUAUUGUCAUGGUCAAGGAUAUUAUUUUGUCACAUUGCAUGUAAAUCAAGUUGUGUCACAACCACCCUUUAACAGUGAUGCUAGACGUUUACUGUUUUGUGGGGGAAAAAAACUCUGGUGAAUUCCUGGAUAUUUUGUUUUUGUUUCUGAGUACUUCUUAUAUCUUAGAUCAUUUUGUAAGUUUCUGGUUUUCUUCUGAUAGAUAAUCACAGAAUUCAUUACACAUUUUGUUUUUAUGUCUUCAUAUUAAAAUAAAAGUAUAAAAACAUUUGUGGUUGAUUUUAGUUUUUCCGUCAAUAUAGAAACCAACAUGUAUGCAUAGCCUUGUUUAUUCCAGUAUUUGCUUCGAGUUAUUUUGAGUUACAAUUAACCUUUGUGUGUUUUUAUUAUUAAUGGCAUAUAUAUAUUAAUAUGUUUGUUUUAAUCAUCAUUGGAUACACUAACAGAUCUAGGUGAUUUUUGUCGAAUUUCUUUUGUAAAAAUUGGUUGAUUUCGCUGUUUGCAUUGGAUUUGCGCCUAAUUGCUGGUAAAACUGCUCUUACAUCACAAUAAUUAUAAGCUGAAGACGUGUUCUCUAUUGUGAAAUGGUGUGCUCAAUCAUUUGCAACUAAACACAAAUUUAGAGUGAUAAAUUUAUCGAUUCUGAAGAUAUCAUGCCGUUUUCAUCGGAAGUGCCCAGCUUAUACAUAAUAAAAGGAAACAUUUCAAGCUUGCAGUUGCCAUUUUUUUUAGCGUUCAAAUGUUGUUAUACAAUCGGUGUACAUAAUUAUCGUGUAAAUUAUAAUUACCAGUACUUUGUAGCCAUUAAAUAAAGGCAAAUUGCUCGCUGGUUGUAAUUAUGAGAAGCACA